CCUUUCUGGAAAGUUCCAAUCCUCACAUUAAAUGGACGACGCUUGCAUAUUCGGUUUUGUGAAUCGAGGGAUAUUUUUGUUUGAACUUUAAAAUGUCUGGAGUCGGAAAAAGACUUAUUCCGCUGCUAGAUCGGGUGCUUGUGGAAAAGUUACAACCGAAAAAGAAAACCGCAGGCGGUGUACUCCUUCCCGAGUCUGCCAUUAGUAAACUCAAUGAAGCGAAAGUUGUGGCAGUUGGUCCUGGUUCGCGAACUCAAGAUGGUAAAACAGUUCCUCCGUCUUGCAGAGAGGGUGACCACGUCUUGCUUCCAGAGUUCGGAGGCAGCGCUAUCAAUGUCGAUGGAAAGGAACUUUACCUCUAUCGUGACGACGAGAUACUAGCAAAACUUGAAUAGAAAAGGGACAUAGAUAUAGAAGAUGUUAUUUUCAUUAAGUCUUCUGGCUGAGUUGAAUAGUAGGAAGCAUUAAAGAAUGUUUUUAUGACCGUUGUUUCCAGCAUAGUCAACAUCGUGUUGAAAUUGUUU